GAAGCAGUAAGAAAGCCAUCCCAAACGAAGCUUAAGCGUAUUUAUUUAUUGUUCAAUUCAUUAGUUUUCCUUUUUUCAACAUUUCAUUGAAAUCUUUCACAACUUGUAUGAUAAUUAUAUGAUGUCUACUAAAUCAUCAGAGACUUGCUUCAUUUUGGACGGUUAGGAUCUAAUCAGUACACAAAUUUAUUGUCAAAAUCCCUUUUUUUAGUUGGCUGGAUCUCUGCCAUCAAUGUUAAUGCUAGGCUGAGAUGAGUUGGUUAGAUAGGGACCCAAUCCUCUCAACAUUAUUUGCUCAUCUUUUCCAUUACUUAGAGCGGAGAGUUUAGAGAUUUAUUUAUUUAUUCAUUUUGUUGGGGGAGCUUAUUUACCGCAGUAAUCCCCACUGUAAAGAUGCAAAGAAAAAACAUGGAAGCUACUUUUUUAAGUUUGUAGGGAAAAGAAAAAAAAGAGAUACAGCGCUUCAAAUACCUACCACAUUUGCCUUAUCAAAAUAUCUCUUUGCCUCAUAUGGGAACCAAAAGAAGUCAACAUCAUGGAUAAAUAUCUUUCCGCUAGAAGAUAAAAAAGCAUAAGAAGGCUGAGAUCUUAAUUUCACACCUCUCAGCAUCAACUGCACCAUGCCUUCAUGCUCCUUGAGCCGCUCACUGGCUUCUACCCUCCAAUCUCCUCUGCUGCACCACCAUGUUCAGAUUUCUAAGCCUUCCAUUCAUCUUCUUCCACUUCCUCAGCAGCUUACUCCGCCCCCUCCAACCAUUGGAAUUAUUGCUGCGGCAAGUGAAGCAGUAAGCCUGGCAACUGCAGCUGCCGAGGCUGCUCGAGAUGCUCUGCUCUUAGCUUAUGCCCUUACCGAGAUUGAUCCAUCUCAGUUAUCCAACAGGCUUGGAUUUGAACAUCAUGAGAAUUGUUUGAGAGAUAGGAGGCGGAGACGGCGGCAGAGGAGGGGAGCAGAGCUGGAUCUUAGUGGCAAAGAUAAUGCGGAAGGGAGUGGUUUGGCAGAAAGCUGCUUGUCAAAAACCGAGCGUUCGAGGUAUCUCACAUGGGAUCAAGAGGCUGAGUUCUCUAGCUGUCUUAAGGUUGUUGCUAUGAUGGAGGUUCCUUCAGGUAGGAAAACCUCUUCAGGUGCUGCAAGGAUGAGGAGGAGAAGAAGAAAUGACAGGGCUCUCUUAAAGGCGAGAGAGUGUAGAGAGAGAAUCACCAAGAGCUAUAAAAGACUUGUGGUUUCAGUUGCAGCUGCUUAUCAAGGGAAAGGGCUCAGCCUCCAGGAUCUGAUUCAGGAAGGAAGUAUAGGGCUUCUUCGAGGCGCACAAAGAUUUGAUUACAAAAAAGGAAAUAGAAUGUCUACCUAUGUGUAUUGGUGGAUCAGACAAGCCAUCAUGAAAGCCUUAGCUAAAAAUUCCAACAUUGUUCGAUUGCCGGGAUAUUUGUGUACAAUGAGCGCCAGAAUAGUGGAAACUAAAUUAUUAUUGAGGGAAAAGCUUAAGAGAUCGCCAACUUAUGAAGAAAUAGCAGAAACGGUUGGCAUUUCUACUUCCAGUGUGCAGAUCAUAUGUGAGAGAAGUCAUCGGCCGAUAUCCAUUGAUCAACCUAUUAAUGGUGAAAAAAUAGCACUUAAGGAUAUUAUCCAAGGGCCAGAUGAAAGAAGACCAGAAGUUAUUGUCAAUAGAAAAUUAUUGCUACAAAACAUGGAGAUGCUUCUCAAAGCACUUGGUGAAAGAGAGGAGCAUAUCAUAAGGUCAUAUUAUGGAAUAAAUGGAGAAACUUCACUGACAUUUGAUGAGAUUGGAAGAUCAAUAAAUCUUUCAAGGGAAAGAGUUAGACAAAUUUAUUACAAUGCUCUGGCAAGAAUGAAAGAGGACAAAAUUGUAUUAGGUGGCUUCAAAAACUUUGUAGGAUAAAAUUUGUACAUAUUCUGAGCAAAUUUUAGAUAAUUUCUUUUCCAAAGCUGAAGUAUUACAUCCAUCCAUGUUUGAAUUCCUUAUGAAAGAAGCAUAUAUGCUGAAUUCAAACUGAAAA